AAAGUUUGCAUCCACUCAGAAACACGUUGGCGCCUGGGGACACAGCGACAGGGCUGGGCUUUAUGUGUGGAUGCAGAUACUGCCCCCCACCUUGGAGAAGGCUGAUUCCUGGGGAGACCGGUUGGGACAGUCCCCUUCCCUCUGCCCGGGCUCUUUCUCCCCAUAGUGCUGGUGGAAAAUGAUGCAGGGAGAGUCCAGCUCCCCGGUUUCCCCCGUGGACAGCUUGAGCAACAGCGAGGAAGAGCUUGACAGACAGCAGAACAAACGGGCAUGCAGAAAGAAGAGGGCCCCUAGGAAGAACCCCGAGGACCCAGACAGCCCCACCUCAGUGAAAAGGAACAAGAAGGCCAGUAGCACCGGCAGCAGCCCCCAGUCCUUUGAGGAGCUCCAGACCCAGAGAGUCAUGGCCAACGUCAGGGAGCGCCAGAGGACCCAGUCCCUCAACGAAGCCUUUGCUGCCCUGCGCAAAAUCAUCCCCACCCUGCCCUCUGACAAACUCAGCAAGAUCCAAACCCUGAAACUGGCCUCCAGAUACAUAGACUUCCUCUGCCAGGUCUUACAGAGCGAUGAGCUGGACUCCAAAAUGGCAAGUUGCAGUUAUGUGGCCCAUGAGAGGCUAAGCUAUGCGUUCUCAGUGUGGAGGAUGGAGGGAGCAUGGUCUAUGUCUGCAUCUCACUAAUAACUUCUCACUUCUCGCAGCAAAGACACACACACAGAUGAGACUGUUUCCAAUGGAUGAGGAAAUGGACUGCCUAGAAUCCGAAGCUGGAUACCUAUAAAAGCCAAAUAAACAAUCAGGGAGGAUUUCCAUCCAUUGGAAGAGAUGGCAGACAGGGCGUGGGGAGCACUUAUAGAAAGGACGCAGGCCUGGGACUAGUGACCACACAGCAGACUGAUGAUUGCAGGGUCACCACUACAUUUUACAUUCUGAAUCGAGUCUGAACAAUCUCUAAGCUGUAUUUUUUGACGAAGAAUGUUGGAAUUUUCCUAUUUUUCUUUUUUUUUUAAGUUGCAUUUUUUUUUAUUAUUUUUUUAUUGCAUGCAUUCCCACCAGUCGUGCCUUUGAAGCCACUUAAAAGGAACGUUCCCCAUUCUUGAACGCUACUAAUGAAACUCAAAAUAUGUUUUUUUUAUAGAAGAGAGAAAAAAACAAACUAUUUUUGUUAUUUGAAAACUUGGUUCAGAAAACCCUUCUGAUAUUACCACCGGCUGCAUCUGUUUUUGUUUUGUUUUUUCUUUGUUUUUGUUUUUUUUCCUCAAUUUAUUUCUCUGAGAUACAAAGUAAACAAUUUAUUUAUUUAUUGAUCCGUGUUUUAAGAAAAAUGCAGCUAGAUCGGGUGUCUAAUUGCAUUCAUAUUUUUAUGGUUGUUUUGUAAAUAUCAU